UCGAGUUACAAAUGGCGUGUUUCAUUAAUUUUCCUAUAUUUUUAUAAAUUUGAAAUAAAAUAAGGGCGCUUUACUUAUAAGAAUUUUUAGGAAAAACCAGCUUCGAUGGAUACAGACAUUUUAUUGGGAAAUAAGGACUGUCUUUAUGAUACUGAUUUCCUGGACCAUUUCACAAACGAAUAUCAGUGGUCAUCAUUAUUAGAUGCAGCUGAUGCAUCACCAAGUGAAAUUCUUGCCGAAGCGGCUUCUAUAUUUGUGCCGCCUAUAUCACCAAUUUUAAGCAUAAAAUCCUCACCCAAUGAAAGCAGUAGUUCAGAUUCAGGCAGCGAAGAUGAUUCAAAAAAGUACUCGAGCAAUACAUCUGCUAGACAGUCUUCAUUAUCACCAUUGGAUUGGACAUUUGAUGAGGACUCAUGUAACUUAAAACUAGAAGAUGUUGAACAGUUUCUUCAAAAACCAGCUCCAAGUGAUACAAAAGAAAAUAAUACAAUAUAUCCACCAAAUAACAUACAAGAUAAAAAUGGUCCUGUUAUGGCUAUUGAAAAUGGAAUCAUUAAGGGUGUUAAAGUAGAAAAUGAUGUUGUUGAACAUAAAUAUAUACCACUAUUGACUGCAAAGGAUGAAAAUGAUUCCGUUCAAAAUGCAUACUUCAAAGUUGUAAAUGAAAAUAUAUCAAUUAACACAAAAAAGGAGGACAAACAUGUUAUGGUUAUGGAGCAGAAGAGGAUACCAAUUAUAUUAAAGAAGCAACAAAUAAUUAAUAUUAAGCCACCGAAUAUUGUGAUACCUACAGAAAGUUCAAAGGGGAAAAUCGUAAUUUCGCCAUUACCUCAAACAAAUCUUGCAGGUGAUAAGAAAGUUAAUGGUUACCCAGUAAAGUUGGCAACACCUCAAAAGAAUGUUAUUAUAAGUCCCAAACUGGAAGUAGCUAGUGAUAGCACAAUAGUACAAAACGGAACCAAACCAAUAGAUUCAGAUAAUAUAGCUUCUAGUGUAGAUAUAACAAAUUUAAGUGAUGCUGAAAUAAGAGCUAUUAAGAAGCAACAGAGGAUGAUAAAAAAUCGUGAGUCAGCAUGUCAGUCGAGACAAAAAAAGAAAGAGUAUGUAACAGCGUUAGAACAACAACUGUUGGAGGCCCAACAGGAAAUUGAGAGGUUACGCUUGGAGAAUAAAUUGUUGCGGGAUCAACUGGAAAAUAAUGGACGAUAUCGUAAGAUUCCCCGCCUGGAUACUUCCAUUUCGAUACCAAAAAAGAAUAUUGCGAUGUUAUUCGCUAUGGUAUUUAUGGUAUCACUAAAUUGGAAUGUUAUAGGAUGGAAUAGUCCAACGUCAUUUAUUGGACCAAAGUCACAACAGACAGUGGCGUCACGACAUUUAUUGUGGGCUGAGGAUAACUCUGAUUCAAUACCUGAUUAUGAUCAACUUGUAAAUAGAAGUAAUGAAAGUAGCGAUUGCCAAAAUAGCACCAUCACAGAAUUUCAAAAUAUAAAUCAAACGGAGAGUAUAAGGAUAGCGGGUGAAUUGAAACGUUGGAUCGGCGGCGGCAAAACUCUAAAUUGGACCAAUCACAAGCAAAGUGAAGCUAAAGUAUAUCCCAGUGCUGAAAAGAUACGCCAUGGUCUAUUUGAAACAUACGGAAUAUUUAAUAAACUGCAUUUAGAUAACAAUUUAUUAGAAUUUCCAACCGUAAAUAAGAAUCCAGAGAAGAACUCACGUCAAAAGCUUCGUAUGCGUCGUUUGAAGCGAAGCAAAGAGGUUGAAUUUCCUAACAACAGUGUCUAUGAUUACAACAAGCUGUAUCACAAGCCGAUACGGAAAAUUGAUGAUUUUGAUGUUGAUUUUGGUGAAUGGAAUGCUUUACUUCAAGCGCUGCAGAGGCGAGACGACACGUUCUAUGUUGUUGGUGUGGGAAAGGGAGAGCAUCUGUUGUUGCCUGCGGUCGCACACAAUGUCACACGACCGCCCAAAAUGGCUUUAAUCUUACCUGCGAGAACUGGAAAUGAUUCCCUAAUGAACGAUCACGUGACGCUCAUGCAAAUUGACUGCUCCGUUGUGAACACAUCUCUAGUCAAACUCAAAUCUGAUGCAUUACCUGAGAGUUUAAGGAAAAGUAGAAAUAAUGAAUCGAAAACCCCAAUCCCCGUGUACAAUAAUCCCAAACCUAAAUAUAAUAGAAAUGGCUAUGUGAGAAGCAACAAAGAUGCAAUCGACGCUAGUCUCUCAGAUGUUAUGCAAAAUUCAGGCAAUAACGCAUCCAAUACUAUAGAAAAUAAGAAGCAAGGUAAAAUUACCAAUAUUAAUUCGGACAGUGACGUAUUUGCUCAAAUAUUAAACCCUGAAAGGUUUAUCGUUAACAACAAAGAAUCAAUAAAACAUAUCAAGUCAAAAAAUGAUAGUUUAGUAUGAAGCUUUUAUGAUAAUUUCUUUACAAUGUGCAAUAUUUAUAUCCUAUUCUAUGUGAACGUUUAAAUUACGUAAACAGAUAAAUGUUAGCAUAAAAUUAGCAAUCUGUCUGUGCGGGGUAAUUUUAUGAAGAUAUUUAGGCUUUACCUUAGAUUUAGGGAUAGCAGGCCUAUAUUUUGACUUAAUUGUAAUGUAAGGCACAGGAAAUAGCUUCUAAAUUAUAUGUACUAUUAUUGCCUAUUUGAAAUUGCAAAUUCUUUAGACUGAAACACAUGUGAUUUAUGUUAAUAUGACUAGACUCUUUAAGUAUUGUGUUUCUUUCAUUAGUGUAAAUUCUUUAAUCUAAAUUCUAAUACUUAUCUUAGGGAAAGCUACGUCGCUAGUUUUGAUAUGUAGUCAUGAGUUACACUCAAUUAGUUUAUGAACAGUUCAUCUCGCAUUUCGUAUGUGUAAAGCAGAUUAUUGAACUGGCUAACGACUUAGCUCAAUUUGUACAUGCAUAGAGUUAUGAUUGGUCGCUCUGUGGGUACAACUGGUUCACUGAGUCAUAGUACAUUGCGAUGAGCUGUCAAUUUAAUUAUUGACCUGCAGCUCAAUGCUUCAAGUCUAUUUGACCUUAACUUUAGAGUCUAUUUAUAGCUUACCCACGUCUAGAUGAAAUUUUAAACGAAGCUAGACAAAAAAAUGUUUGAUUUGGCUAUGUGUAAUCCUUUUACUUUUCAAUUAGGAAUGCAUUCCAUUGGCUUACUAUAUAAUUUGUACUGUAUCCCAUCUAAAGUUCAAUAGUAAAUUUAUAUUAUUUUUUAUAUAUAGGUAUAUAGAUAUCUGGAAGAU